AUGUCUGCUGCAGCUCCAUACCUAAAGGCAAUUGCCACUCGUCGUACCUUUUAUGCAUUGAAGCCAGAACUACCACCUCGUGUCACCUUACAGGAUGUGCAAAGUGUAGUGCAGGCUAUUAUUAAGGACACUCCGACUGCUUUCAACUCUCAAGUUAAUAGGGCCAUUAUCUUGACUGGUGCCGAACACAAGAGAGUUUGGGAUGAAACCGUUAACAGCAUUCAAGGUGACAGUGGUAAAAAGAGACCUGCUUCCGCUAGAGAUGAAGCCUUUGGUACUGUUGUCUUCUUCACUGAUGACAAGACCACCGAAGAACUGCAAGCCAAAUUCCCUGCAUAUGCUUCCAUUUUCCCUCAAUUCGCUGAUCACUCCUCUGGUGCUGCUCAAAUUCAAACUUGGACCGCUUUGCAACAACUGGAUAUUGGCGGCCACUUACAACACUACAAUGGUUACAUCAAGGCUGCUUUGCCAAAAUCUAUUCCAUUGGAGUGGCAGGUACACUCCCAGUUGGUUUUCGGAUUACCAGCAGUUAACGAAUUGUCCCAAAAAUCUUACAUCGAAAAUCCUGUAAAGAUCUUCUCUUAA